AUGAAAGGUCAGUGGAGGAAGGGAAACGCCGUCGUCGGGCUCGCCCUUGAUGUCUCCAAGGCGUUCCCUAGCGUUCAGACAGAACGACUCACGGCAGACCUCAAAGCUCGCAGCCUCCCCGAAUCCGCCUGCGCCUGGAUCCAUUCCUUCCUCAACAAUCGCACCUGCACGCUGCAACUCGAAGGCGUCGUCAGCGAUACCAUGGAGUGGACGAGCGGGUUACCACAAGGCUCACCACUGUCGCCAAUCCUCUUCCUGUCAUACAGCACUCCCCUCCUUGACGCUUGCGAGACGACCUCAACCUGCGGUUUCGGCUGGAUCGACAAUGUGAAUGUGCUGGCGUGGGGGAAGACUGUCGACGAAGCAGUCAGCGCGAUGAACUCACUCGUCCCGAAACCCGAGCGAUGGUCUGACUCGCACUCGUUCGCGUUUGAGCCGACAAAGACUGAGGCAACCAUCUUCCUCCCCUCCGCCCGCGCCAUGCCUCCCAACCCGCCGCGCACCAUCCUCCGCGACCAUCACAUCGAAUUCAAACCCACCCUCACCAUGCUCGGAACGAAACUCGACUCUCGACUCACCCUCCGCAACCACAUCAUCUCUUGCGCCACCCGAGCCACUAGGUCGGAUCGGGACGAGUCGAAUCGGGCGCGGUGUUUGUUGAGGAGGGAGGUGUCGGUUUGUAGGCGGAACGGGCUGUCACCGAAGUGGGCGCGACAGCUGGUCGUCACGUGCGUAUGGCCGAGGGUGAUGUGGUCUGCGGCGGCGUGGUACGAACCUGCGAAGGGAAAGGACAAGAUCAAGGAGUUAGUACGGGUCCAGAAGGCGGCGACAAUGGCAAUCACAGGCGGUUUCCGCUCAGCAGCAGGCGAAGCCCUCGAAAUCGAAGCCGGCCUGCUCCCGAUCCAUCUUCAACUCCAGAACCACCUAAAGAUCGGGACGUACGAACAUGUCCAAAUCGUCCGCGACCUUCCGCUCGGCCCCCUCCUUGUCUACACCGAUGGAUCGAUGGGCGACUCGGAUGCAGUAGGCGCUGGUGUUGCGGUGAAGAUGUGGGACGGGGGUACUGUCGUCCUGGCGGAGAAGGAGGAAGCUGAAGUCGAGCUGUGGCAGAGGGAGAGGAAGGGAAUGGGUCAGCGACAAACGGUCUACACUGGCGAGCUCGAAGGACUGCGGAUGGCACUCUUGUCCCUACUUGUCACCCAGACAGCUGACCCGCCCCUUGUCACCCUCAUCUUCCUCAACAACACCUCCGCCCUCUCCCACUCGACCAACCCGACCCCGUCCUCUGGUCAACACCUCCGCCUUGUGAUCAGGAAGGCAUUUGAGCAGCUCCAACGCACCCGAAAAGACCUUGACGUACGUCUGUCGUGGUCCCCAGGGCACGUUGGGAUCGAAGGGAACAAGGUUGCGGACGGCGAGGCAAAGGAGGCGGUGCGGGAGCAGGAGGCGUCAGCGAAGGCGCGAGAGGAGAGGAAGGAGCUCAAGGCGCACCUGAAGGGUCGCCUGGCGUUCGUCCCGGCCAUGGCGGAGCUGUCAAGCGGGUCGGAGAGCGAGACAAGUGAUUGGGAGGAGGCGAAGCCGCGGACCCGCCAUCUCGCCAAGUCCAGCCACCCCGGCCAACUCGCUUGCCUCACCUCUCGCAAAGACAACGACAAUGCUGGUUUCCCUGCUACCACUUCUGCUCUCUGGACCGCUGACAAGCGCGCCGUCGUCGAGCGGUGGAACGCGGAAUGGGCGGCAUCUCCUCUCGCCCGCUCCCUCGCCCUCGUCGCCAAGUCCGCCUCAGCGGCUCACAAGUACCACGCCGGUCUCUCAAGACAACAAGCAACUCUCCUCUGCCGACUCCGCACAGACACGUCCACCCUCAAUGCCCACCGUGCGCAAUUUGACUCGACGCGAACCAACCUCUGCGACACACCCGAAUCACGCCUGUGCAACAUCGCUCGUCGACUCAGUCCGACGAGGGUUCUGGCCGUUCCACAACGGGUCAACAGCGAAGGUGCCGAAGCCAGCAAAGCGCUGCUGUACCCGAGGGACAAGCAGGACCAGGCGGUGUGCGUGGAGAAUGCGCUCGAAGGAGUGGCGAAAGGAUGGGUCUUGGAAGGGAUGAAGGAGCUGCCAGCUGGCUGUGUCGUCUCGCCGCAGUUUGUAGUCCGGCGUGACGGGUCAGCGCCGCGCGUCGUGGACAAUCACUCAGCGAGCGGGCUGAACGAGGGCAUGUCCGGCGAAGGUGCAAUAUACAACCGGGUCGACUCGCUCGUCCGGCUUCUCCGCUAUGCCGGCAUCCUCGACAAGACGCUUCCAGCGAGUGCAACGCUCUACAAGCUCGACGUUGCCUCCGCAUUCAAGCUCCUUCCCAUGGCUCCGGAGUGGCAAGUUCGCCAAGCCAUCCUCGUUCCGCACCUGCGACCUCUCAACCACAUCCAGCACCGCAGCGCCUUUGCCAACUGA